CAAGUGCUCGAGUCUGUUUAAUAGACCAUUCACAAACCGUGAUCUUUCAACCACAAUAUUUUACUACACAGUGUUGAAACCAUAAAUAUUUAGUAUAUGAACAGCAUGGGAGUUUCACCAACAGUAAAAGACUUAACGGACGCUAUUCCCUUCCCAUUUUAUUGGAAAGGAUGGAAACCACAGAGCAGCCCAGUAAGAAAGGUACCAUCGUACAGUGUUAACAAUAGGAAGGAAGAACCUGUGUUAUCACCCAGGUCUAAAGAAAAAAAGAUGUCCUUUUCAAGAGUUCUGCCAUAUUUAAUGUUUGAUCCAUAUCAAGUUUUUGAGGUAGAACAUCGACCAUGUUUGAUCCUCACCGUAAAGGUCGUCAGAGGCAAAAAUAUAACACAUGGAUGGUAUGAUUACGUGGAUACACCAGACCCGUAUAUUAUACUUAAUGUGAAGACCUCACCAGAAGGUCGGCGGCGGACUGAAACAAAGGACAAUGAAGUCAAUCCCGUAUGGAACGAAGAAUUUACAUUUCUCAUAGAUGAUAGAGAAACUAAUAAACUACAAAUGAUAUUAAUGGAGGCUAACUAUGGAAAUCUUGACCAAGUGAUUGGAGAGGUAUACUUUGAUCUCGGAGAACUUCCAAUAAAAACCAGAAUCACCAAAAUCUUCUCAUUUAAUGAGAAAUCUGAAGUUGAGUUUGAGUUUGAAACACACUUCGAUGAGAAUCCCACUCUGCGAUACAGUUUAUGUUUGUGUGACGAAGAAAAAGAAUUCAUAGAACACAGAACAGAAAAAGUGAUGAAAACAAUGAAGGAAUUGCUGGGAGAUAAAGCACCUGAAACCAGAGAGGAGACGCCGAGAAUCGCCGUUAUUGGUUCAGGUGGUGGUUUCAGGGCUAUGGUUGGUAUGAGUGGUGUCCUCAAGGCCCUAGCAGAUUCGAAAAUAUUGGACUGUGUUACAUUUUUAGGUGGACUGUCAGGUUCUUCUUGGUACAUUUCUACCUUAUAUUCACACCCAGACUGGCCAGAAAUGAACCCUGGUGCUAUGCAAGAAGAACUGAAAAACAAUAUAGAUUCUAGCCUUCUCUGGUUACUUACACCAUUGAGUAUAAAGCGUUACAUUGAUCGGAUACUAGUUAAACGUCAAAAUGGGCAACCAGUCAGCUUCACAGAUAUAUUUGGACAUUUAGUUGGAGAAACAUUGGUAAAAGAUAGGUUACACACAAAACUUACAGACCUGCAAGACAAAAUAGAAGGCGGGGCUGCACCAUUGCCUUUAAUGACAUGCGUUAACGUAAAAUCAGAUAGAUCAGCAAGAAGUUUUCACGAAUGGGUCGAAUUUAACCCGUUUGAAAUUGGAAUGCCAAAGUAUGGUACAUUUAUGAAAACAGAAUUAUUUGGAAGUAAAUUUUUCAUGGGAAAGUUAUGUACUGAAUACGAAGAACAACCACUGCAUUUUUUACAAGGCAUUUGGGGCAGUGCCUUCUGUAUUUUAUUUAAACGUUUAUUGGACGACAAUAAAAAGCUUGAUCCGGUGGAAAUGAUCAGACAAGAAAUGGUUAAGCAGAUCGAGCAAAGCAGGGAGGACGAAAGCAGUGACAGUAGUGAUGAAAGUGAUGAAACGGAAGUAGAAGAAAAACCUCGGGGUUCUCGUCAGUUUACAUUCGACGUACCACAAACUAAUGGGUCCGAUCAGAAUGCCCCAGCGCCAAAACGACAAGCUUCAAAACGAAGAACUAAACAAAAGGGAUAUUGGAAUAGUUUUCUCAGCAAUAUUUUAGAAAAUAAACGUUUUGAAGUCUUGAACACAAGAGCAGGCCGAGCUGGCGUUGUACAUAAUUUCAUGAGAGGAUUGUCACUUACUAAAACCUUCCCACUGUCUCCUUUUACUCCGGAUACUGCAAAUAAAGAUACUGAUGAUUUUGAUGGAAUCCACGAACUGCAUCCAACCAAUGUUAAACAUUUAUAUAUGGUUGAUGCAGGAUUAACGUUUAACUCACCCUUUCCUCUUGUCCUGCGACCACAGAGAGCUGUAGAUAUCAUUCUAUCCUUUGAUUUUAGUGCCAGGCCUGGAGACCAGUCACCACCAUUUAAGGAAAUUCUGCUGGCAGAAAAAUGGGCAAGACUGAAUAAAUUACCUUUCCCGCCAAUUGAUGUCACUGUGUUUGAUAGAGAAGGAAUGAAAGAGCUGUACAUAUUCAAGCAUCCAACUGAUCCUCAUUGUCCCGUCGUGUUACACUUUGUCCUGGUGAAUAUAGACUUCAGAGACUUCAAAAAACCUGGUGUCCCAAGACCUUCGGAUGAAAAGGACUUCGCCAAUUUUGAUGUGUUUGACGACCCAUCAACACCAUAUUCAACAUUUAAUUUCAAAUAUACACAUGAAGCUUUUGACAGAUUGUCACAAUUAACUGAAUUCAAUACAUUGUCCAAUAUUGACGCAAUCAAGACAGCAAUGCUGAAUACAAUUGAAAAAAAGAGGACAACUCCCCCUAAGAUUCCAAUACAACUGAAUGAAGUGAGCAGAUUGCGACGGGUUAGCAAGAAAAAUAAGGCGAAAUUGAGUAGGUAUUUAUCAAGGUUGUCAUCAUGUCGCGACAGUAGAACAAGUGUCACGAUUGAAGAAGAGGAAGAAAACGAUGAAAACGGGCAUAGAAAGAUAUCAAAAACACUCAGUGAUGCUCCAAUUAUUUGCAAGAAGCCUGGUCUUGAAAGAAAAAUGGCAGUGUCAGAUAGAAGAAGGAGAACAAACAAGAACAUUGGAGGACUUGGUGGUUUAUCAUCACCAAGGGAAGAGGACGAAUCCGACGAGUUAGACUCGAGUAAUGCUUCAGUUAAACUUAGAACAAUGGGGGGACGAAAACGAAAAGAUGGUACAUUUCACGAUGCUCAUGAUCACUGGUCAAUGAAUAGGUGCAAUUCUAUUCAAUCAGACGAAGAAGAUGACCAGUUUUAUUCAAUGGCAAGUUCGUGAUAGUUUGAUAUAAUGGCGAAAAGUCAUUCCAAUUGGCUAUGUGAUUGAUCCGGAAUUAAGUUCAGUUUGUCACAUCCUCAAGAGUUUGCUCACAAGGAGGGGUGAUCAAGCAGUAAUAAUCAGUUAUUGUCAGUUUACAUGCAACAUUACUGUGACAAGAUGUACAAGAGUUAUCCCGCCUUCAUCAAACUUUACCAUAGAUGUCAUAUUUGUUAUCAUUUAAUUUCUUAACAAAUAGGAAUUGUCCAAAUUGUUGUUUAUUUUUAUUUGCAAUAAAUAAAAUAUCUAUUUUGUA